UUCGUUUAUUGUGCGUGCACUCAUCUCAACCACCCUAAAGUUCUUGUUUUCAGUCAAAAUGCGCAGAUUACUAGACAGCAGCUGGAUAAAGUUUGGACCGGCUGGUAGGGAUGAUUGGGUGUCAGGGUCUCCAUCACCGCCUACAAUGGAAAAACAGCUACAGGGUUACCACUGGAACGAGCUUUCGGCAGAAAAUGAAGCGAAAUCAGAGAUUAUCCUGUAUAUCGUCCUCCCACUUGCCACGCUCCUUGUUUUCUGUGUCGUGUUCGUCGUCCUUUACCGAAGAUUCAGGCAGAACAAGCUCGGACUGGCCAACAUCAUCACGCUCGACCUUCAGGAUCCGGAGUGCAACACUGAGAUUCUCUCGUCACUCACCGGGAACGCGGAACGGUUGAACAGCACCAGCUCGGACAUGUCGGACGGGGUCUUCCUCAUGGUGUACCUCCCGCCACCCUACGAGGAAACUCUGACGAAGAUCACACGGGCCGCGAGCCUCACCAGCGGUAAAGAUGUGGAGUCCAUCAAGAUCGAAGACCUCGAAGCCAAACUGUGUCCUGAGCUCAAGGCAAGAGGGGAGUAUGUCUAAGAGAAGACUAGAUGUACCUAAAACCGUUUGCUCAUCUUUGAUACCAAGAGAGCAGAACAAUUCCAGCAUUACGCAGAGAGGAAUAAGUGAAGAUCAUCCUGGCAUCAAGAGACAGUGAUGCCACGUAGGGGAGACUGGGGCAAGUUGUCACACGGUGAUGUUGAAGGUCUCGGUUUCCUCAACUGUACAAAUGCUUGUGUUCUCCAGCAGUGGCCAUCUUGGUUUCAAAUACCGAGUUCAGAACUGUCUUAAAAUAAGAUUACUUUAGAUUAAUUCUAUUCUUCAAACUAAAAUCACCAUUUCUUCAUAUUUUGUAGGCUAAUAGCUAAUAGCAGGCAUACAAUGAGCUUACUUUAAAUCUCAGUGUUCUUGGGGCAAGAGUAUUUUUCAAAAAAGCCAGACUGUGGCAGGCUGUCACAUUUUUUUUUAUUGCCGCAAGUUGUCACGUAUGUUUUAUGUUAUCAUUUUAUGCAAUUUAUUAACUAUAAUAUAUGUUGGCCAAAAGAAAGUUUUUUUCUAGCUUACCUUUCCCAUAUUUUUUUUUUUUUUUUUUUUUUUUUUUGCUGUUUAAAUUUGGCUAAAAAGCCUAUAAUAGGCCAUUUAAUGGCUGGUGACAAUUUACACCAUAUAGUGUGACAACAUGUCACAAAAGGUCAAUGGGUGUUCAAUUAAAUGGAUCUUCUUUUUUUAUUUAUUUAUUUUUUUUACUGGAUAUCAACCCUGAAAAUCUUCAGUAGUUUUUUUAAGAGUAAAAAUUGUGACAACAAGCCUCUGUCUCCUCUAAAUUGAAGACAUUGUUUGAAUUUAAGUUUGCAGGUACUUUCAGAGACUAAACAACCACUGUACACGAUUUUUCCUCUGUACAUAAUACUACUAUAUCCCGAUGAUAAAAAUAUAUGAAAUUUUAUAUUGUCUAGUUCAGAACUAAAAGUUUUAUGCACUCUUUUGAGAAUAAAAAACCAUUGUGCUUUUACUGUUUUAAAAAACAAUAGGGUAGGCUAUAAUAUGUAAGAAGUAAUCACCAUGUGUCGUGUUUUACUUUGGAUUAGCCUUUAGGCCUAGUUAGACAUGUGGUAACCACAAUUAGCAGAGAUUAGUUAAGAACCAACAAUAAUGAAUGAUGUCGAUUUUUUUACUUUGUAUGAUUGCAUCAACCAGCCUAGCACAAUCCUGACAGGUUUGUAUCAUGAAUGUAGUUUUUCAUUAAGCUUCACCUUUAAAGUAUUUCUAAU